UUUUUUACUUUGAUUUUUUUUUUUUUACUUUGAUUUGGUGUUCGUUGAUUUGAUGGAAUUGUAAUGAGAACUGUCUUUGAUAUCAAGAGACUUAUCAGAAGAAGGUUUGAUGAUAAAGAGGUACAUAGAGAUAUGAAACUCUUACCAUACAAGAUUGUCAACAAGGAAGGAAAGCCAUAUGUUGAGGUUAAACUUAAGGAUGGGGAGACUAAGGUUUUCAGUCCUGAGGAAAUUAGUGUUAUGAUUCUGACCAAGAUGAAGGAAACCGCUGAAGCAUUCUUAGAAUGCUGUCAUUACUGCUCCUGGAAUGAUUAAGAACCAAAUCAAAUUAAUUCAUGUUUGAUUCCACAAUUUAUUAUGUGGAUUUGGAAGAAUUUGAAAUUUUUUAUGUGGAUUUUUUAAAUGUAGCUGAAUCGUUGUCGUGUUCUUUGUUCUACAACAUACUUUAA